AUGCAGAGAGAUCAGCUGGAACAACAUAAAGACGAAAUGUGUGCCGUGCUCACCCCCAAGAGUCUUGUGAGGACUUCAUGGAAAUACAGCGGCACCGAUUUGGAUUCCAAAGACAAGUAUAUCAUUGAGCUGCCCAUUGGUGUAACGGUUCCAACAGACUUUUGGAUGGUGGGCAAGCGUGGAAAAGGGCAAAAGCAAAUAUGCAAGUAUCAAUCUGCUGUGGUUCAGGAGCUUGUCGUUUCGUUGGAACAAGCAAUCGAGGCACACAAAGAGCGCAAGACUCAGCACAUGCAGCACGUCUUUGCUCGGUUUGAUGCCAAACGAAACCUCUGGGAGCAAGUGAAACAUGUUUCCGCCAUGUUGGAUGCACUUGGCUCCUUGGCUAACUUUUGUGGUCCGCCUGGCUACUGUCGGCCCCAAAUCCUCGAGUGUCCUCCUGAUGCAACUCCAUGCAUCGAGAUUGUUCAGGGACGCCACCCGUGUGUCGAGUCCACCCCCGGCAGCAGUGAGUUCUUGCCAAAGUCGAUGCAAGUCAUCAUCAUCACGCCCCAAUUCAAGCUGCCGGAGCUGCGAAAUGAUUUGGCACAAAUGAAACAAAAAUCAAACUCCUCGGGCAGAUCACUGCCACUCCAUGCUCCAGAGCCAAUGCAUAGUUGUGCCAUACUUGCUAGUACCGGUAUGCAACGUUUGACUAGAGAGAAUUGA